AUAGAAAGCCGACUUUCGCCCAUAUACUCACGCGCCCUGCCCUCUCGCGCUGUUGCCGCACACAAGAAUACCGACGGCCAACUAUAUAAACUCCCCGAUAUUAUCGACAAAAUGAGUGAAGCACCCAAGGAGGCGACUUUCCAGGCCGUCCAGGUCGAGGCUCUCGUUAUCACCAAGAUUGCCAGACACUGCGCCACCCUUUUCCCUUCGACUGCGACCGGCUCGUUGGUUGGCAUGGACACCGAGUCCACGCUUGAGGUCACCAACAGCUUCUCCUUCCCCACGGCCGAGAACACGUCGUCCGAAACCCACCACAACGAUGCCUCGAUACUCGCUGCUGCCGCUCCUCGCCAAAAGGCCAACAUUGCCUACCAGACCGAGAUGAUCCGUCAUCUCCGUGAGGUCAACGUCGAUGCCAACAACGUCGGCUUCUACACCAGCGCCACCAUGGGUAACUUUGUCAACAUGGGCUUCAUCGAGAACCUCUACCACUACCAGAAGGAGAACAGCAACGUUGUCGCCCUCGUCUACGAUGCCAGCAAGAGCUCUCAGGGCAACCUGACUCUGCGCGCGUUCCGCCUCUCCGAGAAGUUCCUCGCAGCCUACAAGGAGAACAAGUUCUCCACCGAGAGCCUGCAAAAGUCUAAGCUCACCUUCAAGGAUAUCCUUGCCGAGCUCCCCGUGACCAUCCACAACUCUCACCUUCUUACUGCUUUCUUGCACCAGCUUCCCACCACUCCCUCGACGACCGAGAUUGAGAAGCCCACUUCCCUUACUGAGGUGAACCAGGAGCCUUUUGGCACCCCUCUCCAGCCUUCCCUCGACAACCUUGAUGUUGCCGUCGACCCCUUCCUCGAGAAGACCUGCGACCUUCUCCUUGAGAGCAUCGAGUCCCACUACACCGACCUUAACAACUUCCAGUUCUACCAGCGCCAGCUCGGCCGUGAGCAGACCAAGAUCUCCCAGUGGCAAGCUAAGCGCAAGGCCGAAAACGCCCAGCGCGCCCUUGCCAAGCAGGAGCCCCUCCCCGAGGAUGAGUGGCAGCGCCUGUUCAAGCUUCCCCAGGAGCCUAGCCGCCUUGAGGGCAUGCUGAACGCUAAGCAGGUGGAGCAGUACGGCAAGCAGGUUGACGGAUUCACGGCCGGCAUCACUUCCAAGAUGUUUGCUGUCCGCGAGAACUUGCUCCAGUAAGCGGCAUCCAAGAAAAAGUCCAUUUUUAUUUUUUGAAGUGAAUUGGGAUUAGAACGAUGGUAUGACUUGGGAAAGAGCAUAUGUACUCGUAGGCAAAAGGCUACGUUUGAAGUUUAUGUGCUGGCUGGGCUUGCAUCGACGGCGUUCCGGAUAUAGUUGAUACUAAUGAAAUCAAACAUUGAACAUAAAAU